GUGAUAAUGUGCCAUAUGAAAUUAAUCAAUUCUCAUUUUGUCCUCGAAAAGUAAUAUUCUCAAAGACAUCUGUUUCAUGCACAUUGCCACAGAUGGAUCGUUUUGUCAACUUACUUCGGGUUCGCAUAAAAGCUAAGCAAAGGACCGAGAGUUGUUGAUAACUAUGUGUCUUUUAUAAUGUUACUAGCAUCAUUUCUAUUGUCUAGAGUUGCCACAAAAAAUCAUCUAGAAUCAUUUGAAUGAGACAGCAUAACCAAGUAGUCAUCACUCAUGGGUCGAUUGGAUCAGUCAAGUGACUGUUAUUCCAACGGGCUGCUGCUAGGGAUCCCGACGAGGAAAACGCGAGAACAAAACUUCCGAACUGCUCCACAAUGAACUCAUCGAGAUUAGUGCCUCUCCUCCUCGCUACUGGUAUUGGGAUUGGGACUGGUGUAUACGUAUUUCAGCCUUUGUUGAAGGAAUAUGAAGCAGAAACAAACGGUACUUGGCUAAGACCGGGGGAUAAAGAACGUUUCCAUCUCAAAGAAUCGGAUACCGUGAAGCCGAAAGAUACAAAAUCCAUAGAAAAGAGCGAUCCAACAUCAUCAUAAUAUGAAUAAAAGAAAAACAGUCGAGACUGCUGACCAUAAAAAUUUA